AUGCGUGGUGAUGUUUGCGUGGACGGUGAUUCAUACCAUUAUUCAUUUCCAUCAACAGACACGAGACGCCACAGUCACUUCAAGGGUCUGAAAGUCAUCAAUUUCCGGUUCAGCAACAAAGUUCUCCAGAAUGAGGUGGACGAGGCGGUCCUCAACAUCCACCUGCAGGAGUUGGAGCCUCGGCAGAACACGACGAGCGACCCUGAUGAAUACUUCACCGUGACGUUUCAAGUCAACAGAGUGACACGGAACAGUCAAGGGAACAAGGCGUCAGUGCCGUAUACUGAUAAUUCGGUGAAGAUGUCCAGAAGAGACCUGAAGGUUGGCAAGUGGUUGAAGAUCAACGUGACGAAUAUGGUCGCGGAAUUCUUUAGAUUGCCGAGGGAGAACCUAGCUAUAGUUGUGAGAGUACAAGACUCAAAGAAUAGGAUGAGUUUGGUUGUACCACAUCCUACUUCAGAAUUAAAUAAUGAUUUGAUACCAUAUAUAGAAGUAAGUCUAAGAGACAAUUCACAUAAACGUACAAGACGGACGAUUGGCAUGGAUUGCACGGAGAACACCAAGGAAGUACGCUGCUGUCGGUAUCCCCUCGUCGUUAACUUCGAAGAGUUCGGCUGGGAUUGGAUCAUAGCCCCCAAACUGUACGACGCGAACUACUGCAGUGGGGAGUGUCCUUUCAGCUUCCUUCAGAAGUUCCCCCACACACAUAUAGUUCAUUUAGCAGCGCCACAAGGCAGUGGGGGACCCUGUUGUGCGCCAAGAAGAAUGAGCAGUAUCACAAUGCUGUACUUCAACCAUGACUUGGAAAUCAUAUAUGGGUCGAUUCCCGGUAUGGUAGUGGAAAGCUGCGGGUGUUCAUAGCAACAUCCGUUUAAGAUAGAUCGGCUACGAGUGUUUAAAAACUUAAUGUAGAAGUAUAAAUAUGUAAAAUGUUACAUACAUACAUAUAUCAAUAGUAAAU